AUGUCGAUCACGCGCAAGGGCCGUGGGGUGAAGAAAAUUACACUCACAACAACUAUACACAGAGAUGUAUGGAGCGCGAUACCGACAAUUAAUGACCGCGAUCUGGCUGAUCUGGCAAUCAAUGACCUCGAUCCGACAAUUGAUGACCGCGAUCUGGCCGAUCUGGAUCGCGAUCUGCGAGAACAAGAGCAAGCUAGUGACACUACGACUAUCAACGACGAAUCCGAAGGCGUGGAUCAGCAUAUGGCUGUCUUGCCUGAGAUUCUGUCCUCCAGCGAAGAAGUUACGAUUGAUGAUAUCCAAGUGGGCGAUCCGGGAGUUCCUUUAACCAAGGACCAAGAAGGUCUACGGCAAUUAAUUUGGGCGAACCGACACUUACUCAUUGGCAAAGGAAACGCGCUUCCUCCUGCAGCUCGAGGAGCAGUAUGUGAUAUCGAUGUUGGUGGAGCACACCCGAUCGCAGUUCUUACGCGUUUCUCGACGAUGGCCUGGUUGGUGCAAUCCUCCGGUCUCAAUGGCAGGCUAGGUAGGUGGUCCGCAUUAUUAUUGACCUGGACUUUGGAGAUCAAGAAAUGUGAAAAGGGCGAAGAUGAGAUACUUGAUGCCCUGGCUGCAAGUGUAACUCCCCGGGAAGAAGUCGACGAAGUGUUGAUUGCGAUCGCUCCCCGGAAACAACCAAGGCAAACUCUAAGUAUGCCACCGCCUACAGUGGAAGAAGAUGAAAGUCUCUUGGUCGUCAGUUUCGAUGGAUCGGCACGAACCAAGCGAAAGGGUGGAUCAUACAGUGCGAUAAUAUGGAAACUUCCUGAGUGGACUAUUGUGGCUGCUGCAUCGGAAUAUGCAACGGACUUAAAAGUGAACGAAGCCGAAUAUCGGGGUUUACUAUUAGGCUUUGAUCUGUUGGAGAAUCAAACUAGGGGACGCGUUAUUAUUUGUGGCGACUCCAACCUAGUGAUUCGACAGAUGCGGGGUGAAAUCGAUUGCAAGGCUCCUGGACUGCAGUUGUUGCGACAGAAAGCAAUGGAGAAGCUUCGAUCAUGGCCGAUCCAUGAAUUCUUACACAUGAAACGCGACUGGAACCAAAGUGCAGAUCGACUGGCGAGUACUGCUUUACAGAAGGAACAAGGUGUGGCCAUCAAUUCGGAAGGAGUCGCCAAGAUCUCAUUACCCUUAAUAGAAUGGAUGAGUUGUUGGAGUCGAAGCAGACCGAAUCGGUGGUUAAAGUUGCUGCGAUUACCAGAUCAACCCGGAAAAGACGUCAACCACCCGAGAUUUUGCAAGAAGAAUUUGUGCAGCAAAUGCGAAGUGAACGUAUACGACAAGCUCAAGAUGAGGAAUGUUGGAUCGCUAACCUAA